AUGCAAACAUUACAGCUAAAAUCUAAAUCUGUAAAAAACUUUUUAAAGAAUAAAAAAAAGGAACAAGAAAAAUGUAAUGACAAGAAUCUUAAAAAUCAAAAUACUACAACAAUUGAAUCUGAUAAUGGAAAAAAAAAUAGCUGCAAUAAUUUUGGUCACAAAAUAAAAAAAGCAACUAAUAAACACAACAUUAAUUCUAAUUUGAAAAAUAAUACAUGUACUAGUAUUGUCUUAGAUUCACCUCAAGUUAAAAAAUCAGCAUUCAAUAAUAAUCAAAAUAAAACGAUUUCAAUUGAUAAAAAGAAGGAUACUUCUAAAAAAAAAGAAAAAUUAAGUAAAAAAAUCAAAGAUAAAUAUAAUACUUCUUUUUCAAGUAAUACAAAAACAAACACAAAAGAUAAAUCUAAAACUACAGAAAUUUUACCCAACCGCAUUUACAAGAAUCAAAAAAACACCAGUCGAAGUAUAAGUGCUUCCUCUUCAAAUACAAAAUCAUUGGAAUCAAAAAAGUUGUCUACUAAAUCAAAAUCAAAAUGCAGUCAAAGUAUUGAUUUGGGUUCUACAAAAUUUACUUCUAGUAGUAAAAUUGUCAAAAAAAAACUUAAAAAUAUAGGACAAUCAAUUGGAUCAAAAAAACCAAAUAUUUCAGCUCUUAAAAAACAACUUUUAUCUAUAACAAAAGAAUCUAGAUAUAGGCGAAUUCAGAAAAUAGAUGAAGAAGAUUAUAUUUUAUCAAUGGCAGAUUUAAAGCCUUCUAUUAAGAGAGCAAUCAAUUCAAUGAAAAGUUUUGGUAGAAAUUCAUCCUGUAAUAAAAAAGAAUCUAAGUUUAAUCAAAAAGAUUCAUAUUCUUAUUUAGCUAAUUUAUCUGUUAAAGAUGGAAAAAAAUUAGUUUCAGAAGAAGUCUACAAUAAACUUCAUAUGAAUAACAAAUUCACUAAAGAAGUUUUUACUAAUUCAAAAGGAAGACCUUUAUGGUGUAUAAAAACAGGUGAAAACUCCGACGAUUCUACUACAGAAUCAGGGGAUAUUUGUGCUCUUGUUUCUGAUGCUCUUCUUGCUUAUUGUGAUGGAAAUUUUCAAAUACCAGAACAAUUACCAAGAAUUUGCACGUCAGAUCCUAGUGGUGAUCUUCAAGAAUUUACAAAAAAUGACUAUUUAUAUACAACGAAAAACGUUAUAAAUAAUACAGUUAGAACAUUCUCAAAAAUGGAAGAAUUUAAGGAAGUGAUGUAA